UUAAUCCUCUGGUUGACUAGAGCUUGAGACUUUUUGCAGCGUUGUCACUGAGGUGUUGCGUUUUUGUCGGUGGUGACAUAUUUUCAUGAAAGGGCUUCAAGUCAGUGAAAUAUUUGCUCUUUCUGCAUAGUGUGCGUCUUUGUUAAUGCUUUUUCUCCAUUUGCUUUGCGAUGCACCGGUACAUCUUCCUUCUGUCCACCGCCCUGACGUUACUGUUCUCCGGACCAGCUCAAGGAUACUUCCCCGAAGAACGCUGGAGCCCCGAAUCUCCACUUCUUGCCCCUCGGGUCCUCAUUGCCCUUGUCUGCCGCAACUCUGAACAUUCUCUGCCUUAUUUCCUUGGAACUAUCGAACGUCUGAAUUAUCCCAAGGACCGCGUGGCAAUUUGGGUAGCGACGGACCACAAUGUGGACAACACUACAGCCAUCCUGCGUGACUGGCUCGUCAAGGUCCAAAAACUCUACCACUAUGUGGAGUGGAGGCCGCAGGAGGAGCCCACAGAGUACCAGGAUGCAGACAGCCCGAAGCAGUGGACCAACCUCCGCUACGCACACCUGAUGAAGCUACGGCAGGCAGCACUGGACUCCGCAAGAGACAUGUGGGCAGACUACUUCAUGGUGGUGGACUGUGAUAACCUAUUGACCAAUCCUAAUGUACUGUGGAAGCUCAUCAAGGAGAACAAGACCAUCGUAGCUCCCAUGUUAGAGUCCCGUGCAGCCUACUCCAACUUCUGGUGUGGCAUGACCUCCCAGGGUUACUAUAAGCGCACCCCGGCCUACAUCCCUAUGAGAAAGCAGGUGCGUAAAGGAUGCUUCGCGGUUCCCAUGGUACACUCCACCUUCCUGAUUGACUUGAGGAAGGAGGCAUCACGCCAGCUGGCCUUCCACCCCCCUCACCCAGACUACAGCUGGGCCUUCGAUGACAUCAUUGUCUUCGCCUUCUCCUCUCGCAUGGCAGAUGUGCAGAUGUUCCUAUGUAACAGAGAGACUUAUGGGUAUUUCCCCGUGCCACUGCGAGCCCACAACUCCCUGACAGACGAAGCAGACAGCUUCCUGCAUUCCUUGUUGGAGGUCAAUGUGCGGAACCCUCAUGUGCUGCCCUCGGAGUACAUCCCGGCCCCCGUAAAGAUACAAGAUAAACUGGGCUUUGAUGAGGUGUUCAUGAUCAACCUAAAGAAACGGACCGAUCGGCGGGAUCGCAUGCUGAGGACUCUGUACGAGCAAGAGAUUGCCUGCAAGGUCAUUCAAGCGGUAGACGGCAAAGCGAUGAACAUCAGUGAGAUCAAUGCCCUGGGGAUCCACAUGCUACCAGGCUACAGUGACCCGUACCACGGUAGGCCCCUCACCAAGGGAGAGCUGGGCUGCUUCCUCUCACACUACAACAUCUGGAAAGAGAUCGCAGAGCGGGGUCUAAAGAGUUCCCUGGUGAUCGAGGACGAUCUGCGUUUCGAGGUCUUCUUCAAGCGACGCCUGAUGAACCUGAUGAGUGAAGUGGAGAGCCAGGGGCUAGACUGGGACCUGAUUUAUAUCGGCAGGAAGAGGAUGCAGGUGGACCGCCCUGAGAAGUCCGUGCCCAAUAUACACAACCUGGUGGAGGCCGACUACUCCUAUUGGACGCUGGGCUAUAUGAUGUCAUUACAAGGAGCCCAGAAGCUGCUGAGGGCAGAGCCGUUGAAGAGGAUAUUACCCGUAGAUGAGUUCCUCCCUGUCAUGUUCAAUAAACACCCUGUCUCGGACUACAUGGAGCACUUUGAGGAGCGGGACCUGAAGGCCUUCUCAGCCGAGCCCCUGCUAGUGUUCCCCACUCACUACACAGGAGACCCGGGCUACAUCAGCGACACAGAGACCUCCGUGGUGUGGGACAACGAGAAGGUGCGUACGGACUGGGACCGGGCCCGCUCGGGGAAGACCCAGGAGCAGGCGGAGAUCAGCAGCGAGGCCCAGAACUCUGACGUACUCCAGUCACCUCUGGACAGCACAGCCACACGGGACGAACUAUGAGAGGAGAAGGGGUGGAGAGGAAGGGGAUGGGAUUGGCGAUGGAGAGAUAUGCUGAAGAUUAAGAACCAUCGUGAGUGAUGUGAACCACCAAGGUUUUUUUUUGUGUCGUUAUUUUACGUUUUAGCCCCCUUUCUUUGCAUCAUUGCAGCAACAUGACGUAUAGUAUGUAGGGGCCUGUUUUUGUUUCCUUUUUUAACCAAAGAUUACAAGUUAAAGGGAUUAGUUGCAUUCUUUUGGAAAAAAAUUAUUCCAUUUCCUUUUUCAUUUCAGAAAUAUGUUGGACUCACCUUUUUCUUGUUGCUGCAUUUACAAGACCCAAAUACAGGUUGGGAUCUGUAUGUCAACAGUGAUCUGGUUGGGCUGUCUAUUACAUUUCAGUGAUGUGAUUGGCCUGUGAACUGGAACUUUGUUUCUGAUUGGUCACUACCAUGCCUCAAGUGCCUUAUAGCCUAGUUCAUCAUGCCAAAUCUCACAACUGACCCGAGACCUUGUCACCUCUAGAAUGAAUAAUUCAUUUAUUAAUUGUUAAUUAAUUAACGUGUGUGCAUGUACUAUAACAGUUAACUGUAGCAGUCUUUCUGAAAGGACUGGAAAAGACAAGCAUCUGCAUGCUUUUUGGAGAUGGCUUUAAGAGGACCUUUUUUCAUUUGUUCAUUUGUAAAACUAUAGCUAGACCUAACAUCUGUGGCUCAGUUGGUAGAGCAUGGUGUUUGCAACGCCAGCAUGGUGUGUGCAACGCCAGGGUUGUGGGUUCGAUUCCCACGGGGGGCCAGUACAAAAAAGAAAUGCAUGAAAUGUAUGUAUUCACUACUGUAAGUCGCUCUGGAUAAGAGCGUCUGCUAAAUGACUCAAAUGUAAAUGUAAAUCUAUUGCAUCGAUUAGAGAUGUAUGCUUGAAAGUUGUGUGUGCUGCUUCGCAAACGAGUCCCAUAGUUUUACGAAAACCUCACCAUGGAGCUCAAAGUCCUAUCAUAUGACAAAUGAGAUUAAUACCAACACAGUAGUAAUUAAAAAGCAACAUCUCCCCAAAGGAAUGACUUGGCUACCCGCCCUCCCUAUCAGACCCUAACCAUUGAGCUACAGUAGUGCUCUUUUAUAGCUGUGGAGUACAUCUUCUUAAAAACCAACAGCUCCCAAUGUUAAUAACUAUGGGUAGAAUCCUAACUUCCACUUAUGUCAAAUCUUCCUCAUCUGUUAAUUGACAUCAAUGCAUCACUAUAAGUAAAAAUUUGACUUAUGUGGAAGUUAGGAUUCACCCCUAUCCGCCUUCCCUGUCAGUCCAUGGCCAUUGAGUUACAGUAGAGCUGUUUAUAGCAGUGGAGUACUCCUUUCCCCCACUUGCCACCUCUGGUCUGUUUCCAGGCUAAUGGCUUGUCGCCUUCACACAGAGGGUCACAGGCGGGAGCGACCGCAGUAGACGCCUCACACUUUUGUGGUCGAGGAGGAGCCAUAUGAUUCCUCCCAGACACAUCCAAACUUGGUCGGUCGGCCUGCGUCUCCACCUCUCUCUGCUCAGAAUUAAGAUAGAAAGUGGAAAGCAGAAACACUUUGGACCUGUAGUAUAGCAGUUAAAUAGAAGCCUGUGUUUAACAGAUAAGAGACAGAGCUUGGAUGGAUCGUCAUGCUUUUCAUCUUUUAGUUAUUUAUUGCUGGCCUGUCAGAAGAGGUGUCCGUCUAGAACAGGGGUGGGCAACUCCAGUCCUCGGGUGGCCUGAUUGGUGUCACACUCUUUCUCCAUUCCUAGCAAACACAGCUGAUUAAUCAAAUUGCAUUCUAAACUGAUUAGGUGAUUAUUGGAGUCAGGUGUGUUAGCUGGGGCAAAACUGUGACAGCAAUCAGCACCUCGAGGACUGGAAUUGCCUAGGGCAUGGUUUCCCAAACUUGGCUCUGGGGCCCCCCCUGGGUGCACAUUUUGGUUUUUGCCCUACCACUAAACAGCACAUUCAAAUAAUCAAAGCUUGAUGAUGAGUUGAUUAUUUGAAUCAGCUGCAAAAAACAAAACGUGCACCCAGGGGGGUCCCCAGGAACAAGUUUGGAAAACCCUGGUCUAGGGCACUUGUCAAAUUCAUUCCACGGAGGGCCAAGUGUUUGUGGGUUUUCGCUCCAUCAUUGUACUUGAUUGAUGAAUUAAGGUCACUGAUUAGUAAGGAACUCCUGUCACCUGGUUGUCUAGGUCUUAAUUGAAAGGAAGGGGGAAAAAACAGCAGACACUAGGCCCUCCAUGGAAUGAGUUUGACACCCCUUGUCUGGGGACCUCCCAAGGUGUUGGUUCUAGCUGUAGCCCUACCUUCCAAGGCAUUGGUUCUAGCUGUUAGGUGGGAGAUAUUAAGAUUCAGUUGAGAUUCACUCAUAGUAGUCUGAGAUUACAUUGUCUGUCAUAACAGCGUUUUUGUAACUUCAUACCAAAUAAUAAAAUAUUUUGUUAAAAAAAUGA